CGCGCAUUUUGGAUCAAGUCUUUGUUUAAUAGUAGCUUAUGUCACUUACACCAGAAAUCGUUGCACAAGACGUGUUGUUUGCAGGUCCUCCUCCCACGACAUCUGGUGGAUCUUUUAAAGAGCUCUAUGAAUCCAUUCGCUCGAAAUCGCUGGUCGAUCUGAUCCUUGGUCAAACAUACACGUUGAUCAGGACAUCUACUGAUCUAAAUGAUUCUAUAACCCUUUGGGAAAUCCGUCUUCUUGUGUUAGUAUUCAACAAUCGGAUAACCCAAGCAAAAUAUGAGGCCGUCUGUUUGAACAAUGUGCUUUAUCUAGCUGAAAAUGAUAAUGUUGCACCUGCUGCUGUCAGUUCAAUUCCACCCAACCCACAAAACCAACGGGUGUACCCGCUCCCACGCAACAACAAUGGAGUCAUAGAUCACAAGUUCUUGGUCCUUCUUCUUCGGUUGAAAUCUGUACCGAAUAUGUCCCUUGUAAAUGAGUUCUACAAGCUUUGCUAUCAACUCCGAUUGAAAUCUGAUAAUUACUCCCUGGACCAGUUACUGGUUAAGUUGAUGAACUUGAGCUUUGAUAUUCUGGUGAUUUUAAUCAUCAACAAAGACUAUUUGACGCUUUUGAACUUGCUAGACUCGAUGAAACUGGAGAUAGAGUUGGAUAAAAGUGAGCUAUACGCUAGUGUUUUGAGUGGGGUCAAACUCCUCAGUAUCUUGACAAAAAUCUUGAUUUUUGACCAAACCCAAACUCCCAGAGAUGCUAUCAAGCGGCAGUUACGAACCUCACAUCUGGAUGAUUUCCAUUUGGUUGUAGAUAGCGCAUUAGAUGAUUUGGUGUACGUUCUCAACAACAUCAGUCCCAUUUACUCGGCAACCUUGACAGAAAAGGACGAAAGAACCGCCGCUACGGAUAUUUCUAAGGCUGAUAUCGAUCUUGAUAGGCUUGUGCUGAUGGUUUUAGAAGGAAAAAUCACUGGCCGGAUCUUGUGCAGUUUAUUGGGAAUGUGGGACUUGAAGAACAACUUCAAAUUUGCUAUUGAAGAGUCGGAAUUUUUGGGCGAAGAUUUGGUGCUGAUCAGUAAUCCAACGGUCUCUGACUGUUGUGCGUUGAUUCGUAUGGACUGGCUCAAACAUAUAAAUAAGGUGUAUGGAUUGGAAUAGGUUAAGUCUACAUAUAGAGGUUGUAGCCCUAAGUGUGUGGGCUGUGACUGGUUUUGCUUUUCGCGGGAACGGGAAUUGGCGCUUUUGUGCCACUUGCACCUCAUUCGCACCAGGGAAAUUUUUCAGUGUGAGAAAUUUUUAAACCUUUUUUAAUAUUGAAUAAUUAACUAAUUGCAUCAAAAUGGCUGUCCAAGACGUUGUUACCCGUGAAUACACCAUCAACUUGCACAAGAGAUUACACGGUGCUCACUUCAAAAAGAGAGCCCCAAAGGCUGUCAAGGCUAUCAAGAAGUUCGCUACUUUGCACAUGGGAACCUCUGAUGUCAGAUUGGACCCAAGAUUGAACGUUCAAAUCUGGAAGAGAGGUGUCCAAGGUGUUGACAAGAGAAUGAGAUUGAGAAUCUCUAGAAAGAGAAAUGACGAAGAAGACGCUAAGGAAAAGUUGUUUGCCUACGUCGAACCAGUCAUUGUUGCCUCUGCCAAGGGUUUACACACCGUGGUUGUUGACGAAGAUGAAGCUUAAAUUCUUUACCAUAAAAUAUUUAAAUAGUUAAUGUAGAAUAAGGAAUUAAUAUUCUAAGUAUUUGAAAAUAGUAUUUGAUAAUGAAUGUUCAAACAAUCAGAGAAAGUACUAGGCGAAGAAAGAACUAUUGCCAUGUGUGAAAUCUGUUGUUCAGCUAAGGCACAAAAUCCUUUCCAAGUCAACGAUUUGAAGAAAUGAAUUUAUACGUAGUCAUACAAGGAAUACGAGGGGACUCAGAGGAUAAGUAAAAUCUUUAGGCCAAGCCUACGAACUGAGGGCUCAAUUUCAUCUUUGAUUGGAAUAGUCGAUUUCGUACUUCUAAAUGACUGUUGGUAU